AUGGACUCUCAGCAUCACCUUCCGCCGGCAGCAGUAGAUAACGCUGUCGGGUCUCGCGGGGUUGGCGGCCAGGCCGCAGCGCUGCAGCAACAGCCGAAGAGAUAUGUCCCUCCGCACCUUCGAAAUCGCGCACAUCCGCAGGAGCAGUCGUAUCCGGCCUCUGGCGUAGGAGGGGGGGGAGGAGGCGUGAGCGGGUAUCCAGAGUUUCCUGCGUCGUCGAAUGCUCACCAGCAGCAACAGCAGCAGGGUCAGGCGGCUACCUACUCUCCGCGUGACCGUGGCAACUACUCUAGCACUACCCCCGGCGCCAGCAAUGGCUUAGGCGGCCAGGGGCACCAACAGGGGCGCCGCUAUGUUCCGCCGGCCUCCGGGGACCGUUUCAGCUGCUUAGGGACAGGCGGCGGGCGCUACACGCCGCCCAACAGCGGAUACACCGCGCAGGGCGCCCAGGGGGAGUUCCAUGGAAACGCAGGGGGGGCAGGCGCGUAUAAUGCGCGCGCCGCCGCCAUGCAGCAAGGUGUGAGCGGCGUCUCGCACGCUUCGCGGUCGAUGCGCGCGAGCGCGACGGGCACAGGCUGGGACGUGAGAGACGGUCGCCGGUAUGUGCCUGAAAAGGAGAAGGACGUGUUUAGCAGCGAGAAGAUGCAAAGCACGGGCAUCAAAUUCGAUUCGUACGACAAAGUUCCAGUUGAGUUGAAGGGCCGCGGCGCCGAGCACAUUCUCGCUAUCGAGUCCUUCCAGACCCCGGGCAUGCAAAUCCACCCGCUCCUUCUCCAAAACGUCGCGCGCGUGAAGUACACAAAGCCCACACCGAUCCAAAAGAACUCGAUUCCGACGAUUUUGUCAGGCCGUGAUUUGAUGGCGUGUGCACAGACCGGCUCGGGGAAAACCGCAGCUUUUCUGUACCCGAUCAUUGCGCGCAUGCUCCAAGACGGACCCCCCCUUCUGCCUCCGCAGGCCGCGGCGGGAGGCGGGUCGGGCUACAGGAAGCCGCCGGCGUACCCCAUCUGCCUCGUCCUCUCGCCCACCCGCGAGUUAGCCAUGCAAAUCUACGAGGAAGCUCGCAAGUUCCAGUUCGGCACUGGCGUGCGGACGGUCGCUGUCUACGGCGGCAGCGAUGUCAAGCGCCAGCUCAUCGACCUGGAUGGUGGCUGCGAUAUCUGCGUCGCCACGCCAGGCAGACUCGUCGAUCUUCUCGAGCGGCGAAAGGUCCGUCUCGGGUUGGUUCAGUUUUUUGUGUUGGACGAAGCAGAUCGCAUGCUGGACAUGGGUUUCUUGCCACAGAUCAAGCUCAUUGUGGAGAGCUUUGACUUGCCGCCGUCGCCGGCGCCGCACACGACAGGCUAUCCGUCUCUCGGGGGAGGCGACAACGGCUCUGGCCGGCGCGUGGGUCGGCAAACAGUUAUGUUUAGUGCGACGUUCCCCCGCGAGAUUCAAAUGCUGGCGAAGGACUUUUUGGAGGACUACAUUUACCUUGCAGUUGGUCGCGUGGGUAGCACCAACGAGUUCAUUCGCCAGCGUCUGCAGUACGCGGACGAAGAUCAGAAGCUGAAGUUGCUCGUCAAGUUGCUCCGCGAAACUGAGAAGGGUCUGACCAUCAUUUUUGUGGAAACGAAGCGCAAGGCAGAUAUGAUUGAAGACUACCUCGUCGACGAGGACUUCCCUGCAGUCUCCAUCCACGGCGACCGCACGCAGCAGGAACGUGAAGAGGCGCUGCGGCUGUUCAAGGCCGGAAAGUGCCCGAUCCUCGUCGCCACAGAUGUAGCCGCGCGAGGCUUGGAUAUCUCCAACGUCACGCACGUGAUCAACUUUGACCUCCCCACCAACAUCGACGACUACGUCCAUCGUAUCGGUCGUACUGGGCGCGCAGGCAACCUCGGACUGGCGACCUCGUUCGUCAACGAGUGCAACAAGCCGAUUCUCCGCGACCUGCUCAACCUGCUUGAGGAGGCGAAGCAAGACAUUCCUUCCUUCUUGCCGCCUCUCGUGCUCUCGUGCACGUCCUCCUCCUCGCGCAUGGGCGGGGGCCGCGGGGGCCGGGGAGGCCGCGGCGGCGGCGGGUCGUUCGGCGGCAGCCGCCAAGGCGGUCACGGCAGCAUGGGCAACUCGGGAGGCGCGCGAUCCGGCGCGAUGCCCAUGGGCGACGCGAGAAUGCCUACAGCGGACUGGCGCACUGGCGCAGCGGGCAGCCGGCCCAUGGGAGGCUUCCGCGCUGCCGUUAUGAGCGGAGACCGCGCUGGAGGCAUGGAUGCCUGGUAG